GUGUGUGUGUGUGUACCGGUGGUCAGCUGAUCCCGCUCAGCCCGCGCUGUCGCUUAGUUGCUGCUCGAGACCCGCUGCAGCACCAGCCAGGCGAGCCGUUUAGCACUUCAGUGCUUUAACUCAGAAGAGGAGAGGAACCCGCCCGGCUUCUGCCUUCUUCUUCAGAGAGAGACGGGGGAGAGAAAGUGAGAGGCGGUCCAGCGUUCCCUGCCGACAGAGAGAGAAAGAGAGAAGGGAAGAAAAUGUCGAGUCCAGGAAAUCCAGUGCUGCUGCUGGCGCUGCUGGGAGUGCUGGUGCUGCACUCGGUGUCUGCACAGAACGAGCCAUCAAUCAAUGCGUCAGAUCACAUCACCCUACUCAUGGAUACCCAUCUCCCACAAAUCACGCUGCAGUGUAACCUGACUACUGCCCAGUACAACCACCGUGAGAGCUACUGGACGAAGAAUGGAGAGGAGAUUGUGGCCACACGAACUGAACUGAGGACUACUGAGUACAAGAUCAUGAAGCCAAGGGCAGAGGAUGCUGGGGAGUACAUGUGUGUCUAUACAUUUGACAUGGCACCUCCAGCUAAUGCCACCAUUGAAGUGAAAUCUGCUCCAGACAUCACAGGACACAAGCGCAGUGAGAAUAAGAAUGAGGGAGAGCGUGCUGUCCUCUACUGCAAGUCCGUGGGCUACCCUCACCCUAUCUGGACCUGGCGCAAAUUAGACAACAGUGCCUCCUUCGAAAUUGACAACUCCUCUGGCCGCUUUUUCAUCAGCAACAAGGACAACUACACAGAGCUGUCCAUCAUCAAUCUGGACAUCAAUUCUGACCCAGGGGAAUAUGAGUGCAAUGCCAACAACAUUGUUGGAAAUGCCACCAUGACCUCAGUGCUGCGUGUCCGGAGCCACCUGGCCCCCCUCUGGCCCUUGUUGGGGGUCCUGGCUGAAAUCCUUGUUUUGGUCCUGAUCAUUGUUAUUUAUGAGAAACGCAAGAAGCCUGAUGAGGUGCCUGACGAUGAUGAACCAGCUGGCCCAAUGAAAACUAAUUCAACUAACAACCACAAAGACAAAAACCUACGUCAAAGGAAUACAAACUGAGGUGUCCGCUACUAAAAUGAAGACAUUCAUAUCAUGACCACAUGAACGUAACAUGAAGGAGUUCAAUGUUUAGGGAAGCAUAUCAGGACUAAGAAAGAAGUAUUGGUGAGACAAAAUACAUACGACCACUCAAGGCAUGCCUUAUGAAUGUGAUGUGACAAGGAUGUCUGCUCAGAAUGAAACUUGAUUGUUAAUGGCGUAUAAUAUUACAAACAUUUUAUUGCAUGAUUGUGUUGCUUUCUAUUUAUCUUUUAUUCAUACUGACUUUUCUUUAACAUGUCAACAAAUAGAGAACUGUAGUGCAUGCAAGAUAUUAACCUGCUGUUUGAUACAGAUAGUGGGAUUUGGUUUUUGUAUUUCAGAGUGACUUCAUGUAGAUAAUAUUUAUAUUUCAAGCAAAAGUUUGCAGUGUACGCAAAUCUACCACUAUGUUUCUGGUAUGACAGUUUUUGUACGGUUUAGCUUGUCACUGCAUACCAUUUAGUAAAGGUGGUGUGUGAUGUUUUUUUUUUCUUUCUUUCUUUUUUUUUUCUUGUCAUUUUUAUUUAUGUAUGUUAUAGGCUUCAAUAAAAGAUAAGGGCUUUUCAAUGUCCUAUGUCUCAUUUGUAUAUAUGUACAUUUUAUUUAUUUACUUAUUUCUUUCUGUAUGUAUCAUGUAACUGGAGAUGUCUAAGUUAUCUGAAUGUUAUUCAUUCUGAUGCACUUGAGUGUUCAGAAGUAAUUGCGGAUCAAUGUAAUUUUCUAACUCUAAACCUUAUCUAUCUGUGACUCAGCUUUUUACUUAUGCAUAUUAUACAGCAUGGCUUUUA